AUGGGCAACGUCGAAUCUACUCCCCAGCUGCCCGCUCGCACCCUCUCACGACGUGAACGCCGUCCUCCCCCAACCACAACCUUUGACGAAAAGUUUGAUGCCUUGAAGAUCGAUCAUGGCGUGGACAAGCACAUCGAUCGUCUCCUCUUCUCCCCCGACGACACCGAACACGUCGAUGCUGCUGCUACGGAGCAAUAUGUUCGACAUGUAUUGAAGGAUCCCAAGAAUAAGCUGGGACUGUCAGCUUUGAGCACCAACAACCCUUCUGCGGUUCUGGAGAAGCCAGCGACAGUGUUGAGGGACACCCAAUACUACAAUGUGACGAUCCCAAACGAGGGUUCCCCUGUGACCAACCAGAGAAGUAGCGGCCGCUGUUGGAUAUUCGCUGCGACCAACGUCUUCCGAGUCGCCAUUCAGCAAAAGUACAAGAUCAAGGACUUUGAGCUCUCCCAAAACUACCUCUUCUUCUGGGAUAAAGUGGAAAAGGCAAACUACUACCUCGAAUCCAUCUUGGAUACCGUUGAUGAGGAUGUAGACAGCAGACUGGUCAGCGCCUUGAUGGCGAGUCCAGUCGGCGAUGGUGGACAAUGGGACAUGAUCGUCAACCUUGUAUCAAAAUACGGCAUCGUCCCUCAAAGCCUCUAUCCCGACUCCUGGAACGCCCAGAACAGUUCCACCAUGGAUCGAAUCCUCACCACCAAACUCCGCGAAGACGGCCUCCGACUCCGAGCUCUGCGAUCAACCUCCUCAGACGACAGAAUCGCCUCGGCUAAGGAACAAAUGAUGCAAGAUAUCGUCCGAAUCCUCACCCUCUGUCUCGGUCCUCCGCCUUCCGCCCACGAGAAAUUCUCCUGGGAAUUCUACGACACUUCCAAUACCUUCAAGACCGYCUCCAUGACGCCUCUCGAAUUCGCGGAUACCACACAUGUGAAGAAGUUCAUCUCUCUGGUGAAUGACCCGAGGAAUGAUUACAAUCGUCUGUUGACAGUGGAUCACUUGGGAAAUGUAUGGGGAGCUCGGCCGAUCACCUACGUAAACGUCGACAAAGUCGUGUUGAAAGAAGCUUGUGUGGCGAUGUUGAAGAAAGGCCUCCCGAUCUUCUUCGGUUCGGAUGUUGGGAAGCAAUCUGAUUCUAGUAAAGGGAUCAUGGAUACGGAUCUGGUGGAUUAUGAAUUGGGAUUCAACAUCAAACUCGGUCUGACGAAAGCUGAAAGGUUACUGACGGGUGAAAGCCAAAUGACGCAUGCCAUGGUUUUGACGGCCGUACAUCUGGAUGAGAAUGAUAGGCCUGUGAGAUGGAGGGUGCAGAAUAGUUGGUCGAAUACCGCUGGAACGGAUGGGUACUUUGUUAUGAGUGACGCUUGGAUGGAUGAGUAUGUCUAUCAGGCGGUGGUUGAUCCGAGUGUUAUUUCAAAGGGGGUCAAGGAUGUGUUGAAGCAAAAGGCCAAGGUGCUGCCGCUUUGGGAUCCUAUGGGUGCGUUGGCUUGA